GUUCCUGGGUGCAGAAUUAGAGUAGAUGGCAUUAGAUUAGCAAUCUGCUCCGAAUAAUCCUUGGAAGUGGUGGGGCCACAGAGGACAGGGGGUGGGAUGGGAGACCUGUCCAUGGCUCCUGUGUGGAGAUCAGGAUCUCAGUCCAGCUCGAUGGUGCUGGCUUGGGGUGAUGCCUUGUGCCCGAGUGUGGGGAGCGGGCAGGGUGGUAAGCACUGCUGGGACUGGGGAGAGGUGAGACACGAGGGGGAAGCAGCACCAGGCCUUUCCUGUAGGGUUUGUUAAAGACACCAUCAGCAUGCCUAGGUGGGAAAUGAAGAUCCUAUGUAACAAAAAGAAUCGAAGGCCAGACCUGUGAAGGGUGGGUCGAGGAGGGAUCAUGCCCUCAUUCUGCUAAAUGAGGUCCCCCAACUGGCUGGUGGGUCUGAGCCUGGUUCCUCCUCUCCCCACUGCAGCGCUGCUCAAUUUAAAGGGGUAUACAUACCCAGGGUGCAGCUCCCAGCUGUUCCCAGCCCCAUUCAAGGGAAGGCUGAUUUUGGUAUCCCCCUGCAGCAGGGAUGUGUGAGCUUCUGCUGCUUUCAGAUCUGCUCAGAAGACAAGGGCUUUGCCCCAGCUCAGAGCCCUCUAAUUAUGUUUUCUGGCAUGCAAUACAAGGUGCAUAUGUUUUCCAGCUUCUUACCCCCUUGCAUCUUUUCCCUGCAGUCCCGGUGCUGCUGAGCCCCACUCUCAGGCACAGGGCGUCACAAGGCCGGGGAACCCAAGAUCCGUGCAACUGGGAGCUGUUCCCCACUUCAGGACAGUUCCCCCCUGUCUCCAAAACUCAGGCCUGACCCGUGUGCCCCCUGCCAGCCCAGAGCGGACACUGGGGAAGCCUGGAGCUCCCCCUGGCUGCUGCAGGGUAGGAACAGUCCUGCACUCAAGUGCUCCCACUGGGAGACGAUUUGCUCCUGACCCAGGUGCACAUGUAUACACAUACCGAGGUGCAGUUUAGGGGACUGAUAGUUUUUACCAUGCAACACUGUUCUGCCACGUGCUGAGUUGCUACUGCAGAGCAGCGUAACAGCUGUAUAGAUCUCUGGGCUGCAAGCUUGGUGGAUGCACCAUGUCUAGUACCCUUUCCAUAAAGGCCAGCAAAUGCUUGCACUGGAUGCCAUGGCUUUUCCAAGCAGGAGAACACACUAUGCACUGUGCAUGCUUUUUAUUGGACCAUCUGCAAUGUAAUUAGAGCCCUUGCUGAAAACUGAGGGCUUCGAUUGGCUGUGCAUGUGCUUUAAAGCACCCCUAAUGUGGGAAAGGUGGAGAGUAGGAUCCAAUUCCAGCUUUGAGAGAGAUGGGGGCAGAGGCGCAGCCCCCCCACUCCUCCACUGGAAAAGGAUCUGUGCCUUGCUCCAGGAGCUGACACCCCAGCGAUCAAACAGCGACUGGGAGGCGGAGUGGGGGUCCCCUCACAGCCAAUCUUGCUGACUGGGAGGGAGGGGAUGUUCCCCCAUGGCCGAUCACAUUGACUGGGAAGCACCCACGGCACUCCUGGAAGUGGCCGCAGCACACCCGGUAGUGGCUGCGGCACUGAUGAAAGGAGUUCAGAGCCUCAAGAAGAACAGGAGCUGUGUUCACACCAGGCCUUGCACUAUGCGCUGAAGAGGGAAAUGUCCAACCAAACCACCGUGACUGAAUUCCUGCUCCUGGGCUUUUCUGAUAUUCGGGAGCUCCAGAUCUUACACUUUGUUAUCUUUCUCGCAGCGUACUUGGCAGCCCUGAUGGGGAAUCUCCUCAUCAUCACAAUUGUAACUCUUAACUGUGAACUUCAUUCUCCCAUGUUCUUUUUCUUGAUUAAUUUGUCCAUUGUGGACCUUGGCUCCAUCGCAGUGACCGUGCCCAAAUCCUUGUCUAACUCUUUACUGAACACCAGGUUGAUUACCUACUCUGGAUGUGUUGCCCAAGUGUUUUGUCUCCUCUGCUUCUUGGGAGCAAAUUUAUCCCUUCUCAUGGUUAUGGCAUAUGACCGGUACAUUGCCAUCUGCAAGCCACUGCAUUAUGGGAUAAUAAUGAGCAGAAGAGCUUGUGUCCAGAUGGCUGCCAGUGCUUGGACUGCUAGUGUCAUCUACUCUGCACUGCACACUGGGAGCACCUUUAGUCUCCCCUUCUGCCACUCAAAUACCAUCAACCAGUUCUUCUGUGAAGUGCCCCAGCUGCUCAAGCUCUCCUGCUCUGACACAUACCGCAGAGAGCUGGCAGCCCUUGCCUUCAGUGUGUUUUUAGCUCUAGGUUGUUUUGUUUUCAUCGUUGUGUCGUAUGUUCACAUCUUCACCGCAGUGUGGAGAAUCCCCUCUGAGCAGGGCCGGCAGAAAGCCUUCUCCACCUGCAUUCCUCACCUGAUUGUGGUCUCUCUGUUUAUCUUCACUGGUGCCUUUGCCUACAUGAAACCCACCUCCUACUUCCCAUCCUCUCUAGAUCUUCUGACAGCUGUUCUGUAUUCUGUGGUUCCUCCAAUGGUAAAUCCAUUCAUCUAUAGCAUGAGGAACAAGGAGAUCAAAUGUGCUCUGAGAAAACUGCUCCAAAGGCAGAUGCUCUCCAAGAACAGGAUGUCCCUUUCUACUUUGUGUGUUUGGUUUACUACUUUGUUUCUUUAGAUCUAUAAUGAAAUCAUGAAAUUAAGUUUUCAUAAUGUCGUGUGCAUUCUGCUUACGAAACAUGACAGUUCUCAGCUACAUUCAGCAGUGCGAUAAAGUCUGUGUUACUCAACUGCAGUCAGUUUGUGUUAGCAUUGUUGAAGUGCAAGUGAAAAAGUCUGGUGUUUCUUGUGCCACCUCAAAUAAAUCCUUUUAAUUCCAAGAUGA